AUGACCCAUCAUCUCCCCCCAAACUUGUUGGCCCUCUUCCAGCCUCGUCCGCCGCUCAGAUACCUCCCGGCCCACGAUUUCCCGCCAGAAGACCGCCGCACUCACCGCAUUGAUGGCGUCGCCGCUUUCCUUCCGGCACUCGCCGAAAAGGUCAAGAACGCAGACUCGGAUCCCGUGCCCAUCUCGGAAUCCUGGCUCGAACGUCGCGAUCGCAUCAAAAACGAGAAGAUCUGGAAGCAGGAAUGGCUCAAGAACGAAGGCGCCAAAGAGCUCUACAAUCCCACAAAGGACAAGAACAUCAGAGGCGAUGMCUUUUCCACUCUGUUCGUUGGCCGCCUUCCAUACAACGCUGUCAGCAAGGACCUCGAGAUGGAGUUUAGUCGCUUCGGGCCAAUUGAGCGCGUGCGCAUUGUAAUGCCGGUGGAUGAGAAUGGUGACAUCAAAAAGGGCGCGAAGCCGAGAGGGUAUGCCUUUGUGCUGUUCGAAAAGGAGCACGAUAUGAAGGCUGCAUACAAGGAGUGCGAACGUCUCACAAUCCGCGGCAGACCUGUACUGGUCGAUGUGGAGCGCGGACGUACAGUUACCGACUGGAAGCCCCGACGCUUCGGCGGCGGCCUGGGCGGACGACACUACACUAAAGCAGUGUCAAAACCAUCCGGAGGUGGCUUUGGAGGUCCACCCAUGGGUCCAGGCGGCUUCGGAGGCCGGGGAGGUUUCCGCGGCGGUUUCAAUGAUCGCGGAGGCGGCUUCAGAGGCGGCAGGGGUGGUGGUGGCUUCCGCGGUGGAUUCGACCGUGGCAGUGGAGGCUCACGAGGCUAUCCUGACGGUGCGCCAGCUGGCCCUCGUGGUGGCUACGGAGGUGGAGGUGGGUACGGCGGUCGUGGAGGAGAUGACCGCGGAUUCGGCGGUGGAGGACGUGGUGGACGCGACAAUGCCAACUUUGAGCCAUUACCGCCCCGAGGUGGAGGCGGAUACCGGGACCGCGACCGGGACGGUGGUGGUGGAGGAGGAGGCAGAGAUUCGUACAAUCCUGGCCAGAAGCGUUCACAUGAUGGUGGUGGGUAUGAGGAUUCCAGGCAGCGGAGGAGAUACUAG